UUUGUUAGACUAGCCAUGUGUCAGACUACAUCAUUUCAUAGUAAAGGAUGUGGAAAGUCCCUAUUCUACUUUGAACUUGAGUCCCAAGAAAGGGACUUUGGCCAGUCAGUUUAUCCAUACAGCCACCAAAAGGAAGUGACAUUAUAGACAAAAAGUACACCAGUGUGGGCCAUGAGAGGAAAUGACUUGCACUGUGCAUGAGGCUGAGAUCACAGGCUGUCUCUGCUCAACCACGCUAUCAGUUGUGCCUGAAACUUUAACUGACUCUUUAAACUUCCGAUUACAAGUAUCAACCAAGAACAUGGUGACAAACACAGGCCUGUACGAAUGGCUCUUUCGGUAAAAAACAAACAAUCUUUGGGUUAUUCACAACAUUCUCAUGGGAAAAUGUGCUUACAAAACCAAAUUAAGAGAAGCAUGGCUGCUCCAACAGUCUCCUGGCCCCUUCCUAUGAGGGCUAUUGGAGCUCAGAAUCUGCUCACCAUGCCAGGAGGAGUGACCACAUCUGGAUAUCUGCACAAGAAAGGGGGUAGCCAGUUCAGCCUGAUGAAAUGGCCUCUCCGGUUUGUCAUAAUUCACAAAGGCUGUGUGUACUAUUUCAAGAGCAGUACUUCAGCUACACCACAAGGAGCAUUCUCUCUUAAAGGCUACAACAGAGUGUUACGGGCAGCAGAGGAAACAACAUCUAGCAAUGUUUUUCCUUUCAAGAUUGUGCACUUCAGUAAGACACAUCGCACAUGGUAUUUUUCAGCGGCAAGUGAGGCUGAGAGAAGGAAAUGGAUGCAACACCUGAGAAAAGAAAUAGAUCAUUAUAAUGACAAAAGAGAAUUGCAGAUUCCGAGUAGUGACGACUUAGAUGCAGAGAGUGUCUAUGGUCCAUUGGAAGAACCUGUGGAAAUCAGUGAUUUUGAUGAUAACCCUGAAGCAGAUUAUAUGACACAAGAUGAAGACAGUGAUGAAGAGGACAACCACAAACAAGAUGAAUCACCAAUUCCACCAGGUCGUCCCAUGGUUCCACCCCCACCUUACCCUCCACCCCCAGUUCCUCACCUGUCUAGAGAAAACCGCCAAACAAAAGGACCACCACCUCCGCUUCCUCCGUCAUUCAAAAAACCUCCUUCCUGCAUACCUACAAACAAGGGGCCACUUCCACCUCUACCAUACACUCCACAUUUACAGAAAGACAUGCACAACAGAGGUCCUGGUGGUCCCAUGGCCCUUUUAGUGCCCCCGCCAGGCUCAUUUGCCACAAUACCUAUUUGUGAGAAAAAGCCAUAUAGGUCUCUCGUCGGGAAUACUGCAGCUACUUUACCUAUUGUUGAGAACUUACAGAAAAUGAUUCUAAACCCUGGAAAUAAACCACCCACUUCCAGCCACCACUUGGGGAUCAAGUCCACAGCAGAGAACAAGCCUCAUCUGUCACCUCAUCUGUCUGCUCCUCUGGGUAACAAGACUCAGUUGGCCCAGAUACCAAAGCCUCCAUUGCCAAUCAAACCUAAACCCAGUAGACCUUUGCUCCAAAGAUCAUCACCAGAUGGACAAAGUUUUCGUUCCUCUUUAGAAGAGAACUCUUUAAAAAAGUGGCUGCCUCAGAAAAACAGUGAAGAUUCUGAUGAUGAUGACUAUGAAAAUGUGCAACUACCUCCCUCUGUUUUUGUGGACACGACAGAAACGAAUAAUGUUGAGAGAUUAUUUAAAGAGACAUACAGCUCUCUACAGAACGGUCUUUACUGCAUCCGAAAAUCAGGAACAGGGAAGACAUCACAGGUGCUGGUUGUUUGGGACAUGAGCAUAAACAAAGCCAGAAACUACAGGCUCUUUGAGGAGGACCAGAGGGUGUACCUGGAAACAGAUGUAACAUUUCCAACAUUAGCUGCUCUGGUUGAGCACUACUACAUUUAUGCACUCCCAAGCAGCAACAACUCUUUGCCCAACAAUUCUUUGUGCUUACAAAUACCUUAUGGAUACAAACCACCGAGGUGACAUCAUCCUUUUACCUGAGCUGAAACACCAACAUGCAUUGUGCACUCCAUGCUUCAGGGUGUGGUUGUGGUUUGCUCUGACUGUACUGCCUGGACUGCUCUCUGCUUGAAGUGGGGAAAAAAGUUCUGGUACUCUCUUGUGCACGUUGACAUAUGCAGAUUGUCACCACUACAAUGAAAAACAGUAUUUGUAGAUAUUGCUGGUAUGUUUAUUCACUAAAGGAACCAUUUGCCAAACAACUGUUUAUGUUAAAUACAAAUUUGACCACAAAAUUUCAUAACCUGUGAUAAUAGUUCUGCAGUUUGUUGAAUUAUUCUGUUAAUUCAAUCCAACAUAUACACACAGUCAUAUCUUAUGCCUUAGAUGCUAUAAACGUAUCUGUUUAUGGAUAAGUUUAUAAAAAAUAUGUUUUUAGGCAUCUUAAGAGGAACACACGUUAAGUCUUACAUUAUGACAAACAACCCAAGUUUUCAUUUGAAACAGCUGAAUUCACAAAAGUUAAGUCGUUUGUAUCUUUGAAAUCUUAUCAUGUAUCAUUUUUAUUGUAAAACCGUUAACUUUGUUAUGUUUGCCUUCUCACAUCUCACUACACAGUUGUCAUUAAAACUGAAUCUGUUUCUGUUAGCGCCCGCCUGCCAACAGUAAAGUUCUGUCUUCUGAGGUCGAGGUUGAUCGAUCUGAGAAUUCAGAGGUCCCAUGCCCGACUUCGAGUGCCUUUCCAGACAUUUAUUUCUGGUUUUGAGGUGGAAAUAUCCGAAAUCCCGAAUGCAGCAUAAGUGUUCCCUCUCUGUAGCAGGAUGUCAUUACUAUAAUCACCCAUACAAUGAUGCUUUGACACGGAGUGGUAAAGUACCGGCAACAUGUGAGAAGUGCUGAUACGCAAGACAAAGCAAAGGUACGCUAAAGAUAGAGAGUCUAUAAUCUGGCAGGGGUGCAUUUCCUGGCACGACCUGGGGGGUACCAGCCCACUUCAAGCACCGGUUAUAAGUAUUAAUCACAUCCGAAUGGGUAUCUAAUGAAAAACUGAAAAAAUAACAGUCACUGGUUAAGUAUUGAUAGAUUGAAAAUAUUAGUGGAACGAGAUGUCUAGUAUUCUGAAUGUUGUCUGAAACAAUGUUCGUAUAAUGGGAGGAAGGAGGCGGGAACCGGCGAACAUUAAACAAGCUUUUAAUAACAUAAACAACUAAUAAACCAAAUUAAAGGGCCGGCAGCCACCUCACGGUCGACUGCUGGCCACACAAACAUAAUAAAACAACAUAAAAUCCAGGCCUGGUCCUCUCUCGUCGUGCCUUCCUGUCGCUCCUCCUCUUAUGCUUCUGGAGCUCCUCCGUGAGAUAUGCGAGACCAGUGCAACGCACAGCUGACACUCAUUAUCACUCGCGCCACUGGCCUCUCUUCUUUCUCUCACGGCCUUCGUCCCACCUCCCUCGUCACAUUGUCUUAAUAUUAUUAAGUCAUAAAUAUGGAGAUCAGAUUGAGGUCUUCAAGCACUUUGUAAAUCUUAUAGAUAAAUCUUAUUCAGGAAGCUUUAUAUUGUAGUUUGAAUUUUAAUGAACUCUGUACACACACUGUAUGUGUACAUGAGUGCAUCUCAUGAAACCUGACAAGAGCAUAGUUAAUAACAGAUAAUUGUAUAUUUCUUACGUCGGACUAUGUUUUGAAUCUGCCACCAUGAUUGUUUGUGAUGUUAUAUUUUCUUGUAUUUUUCUGUUUGAGUUGUAUUCAUUUUUUGAUUUGUAAAGCGCUUUGAGCUCUGGAAAAGCACUAGGCCUAUAUAAAUUUACCUCAGUUACGAUGGCAACUUAUUUUAGGAAAUUAACCUGGUCCGGGCCAGGCUAACUGCCAGGGUAAGUCUUGAACAGAGCUCCGUUAACACUGAUCUGCCGGUGAUGUAAUGAUAUUACCACUGGUUCUCCGUCAUGAUGCAAUCUUAUAUCACUUUAUUAAUCACUAUAAAUAAAAAAUCCAUGUAAUAAAUUCUAGGGCAAAAUAAUAAAUGACUAUACGGUGUGUGACAUACAUCUGUAUUCAAUUGUAUGAUAUUUGGUGUCAAAUGUAUACUGUAUAUUAAUGUCAAUAAAGUUUUGAUUUAAAUUUUCCUAAUAAAAUGAUGAUGGUAACAGCAAUUUCAAACAAUUAUAUUGACCAAAAGUAGUAAUUCCAGUGACCUGGAAUUAUGGUUGUAGAGAAGGACUAGGGCAAUAAGUCGAUUUCCGAUGACAAAUAAACAGGCAGGGUUAUGAGAAACAGAUAUGCAAACAAUUUUGUUCAGCAUUACAUGUUAAAUCUCAUGGUAAUGUGUCAUUUUUGUAGCUUUUAUUUUUCUCUAUUCCUUAAAUUCAAUAAACUAUUCACAGCACACAGUCACAUAUUUUUCUAUUUUUAAAUAAGUGGUUGAAGCCGCCUACUGAGAGAGGAAUCAUACUAUUAAAUACCGUUGAAACAACAGGUCAUGUGUCACUGCUUCAAUAUGGUAGUUACUUGCAUCUUUUUCCAGAAUUUGGAUUUCCAGCUCUAACUUUUCUUCGUUUUUAAAUUGCAUGUCUUCCUCCACAGCAUGUCUUUGUGUUAGGAGGUAGAAUUUACACAGUCUUUGGGUGCGUUUACACUUGGCAUUAACAUGCGACCUGUAUCUGGAUGUUGUCCACAUACACAUUGAAAAGACAAGUGUAAACGCGCUUCUGAUCGGAAUGUCAUCCGAUCAGCGUGUCCUGAUCCAGAGGUAGUCGAGGACGCAUUGUGAUCGGAUCUCAGUGUAAUGUAAACGCAAUCCAGACAGUUUAUCUACAUUUACCGGUACAA